GCGUGCGCGCCGCGGCCAGCGCGCGCGGGCGGGGUGGGCAGGCGCGCCCCGGACCCAGGAUUUAUAAAGGCGAGGCCGGGACCGGCGCGCGCUCUCGUCGCCCCCGCUGUCCCGGCGGCGCCAACCGAAGCGCCCCGCCUGCUCCGUGUCCGAUAUGCUGCGCCGCGCUCUGCUGUGCCUGGCCGUGGCCGGCCUGGUGUGCGCCGACGCCCCCGAGGAGGAGGACCACGUCCUGGUGCUGCGGAAAAGCAACUUCGCGGAGGCGCUGGCGGCCCACAAGUACCUGCUGGUGGAGUUCUAUGCCCCUUGGUGUGGCCACUGCAAGGCUCUGGCCCCUGAGUAUGCCAAAGCCGCUGGGAAACUGAAGGCAGAAGGUUCCGAGAUCAGGUUGGCCAAGGUGGACGCCACGGAGGAGUCUGACCUGGCCCAGCAGUACGGCGUGCGCGGCUAUCCCACCAUCAAGUUCUUCAGGAAUGGAGACACGGCUUCCCCCAAGGAAUAUACAGCUGGCAGAGAGGCCGAUGACAUCGUGAACUGGCUGAAGAAGCGCACGGGCCCGGCUGCCACCACCCUGCCUGACGGCGCAGCUGCAGAGUCCUUGGUGGAGUCCAGCGAGGUGGCUGUCGUCGGCUUCUUCAAGGACGUGGAGUCAGACUCUGCCAAGCAGUUUUUGCAGGCAGCAGAGGCCAUCGAUGACAUACCAUUUGGGAUCACUUCCAACAGUGACGUGUUCUCCAAAUACCAGCUCGACAAAGAUGGGGUUGUCCUCUUUAAGAAGUUUGAUGAAGGCCGGAACAACUUUGAAGGGGAGGUCACCAAGGAGAACCUGCUGGACUUUAUCAAACACAACCAGCUGCCCCUUGUCAUCGAGUUCACCGAGCAGACAGCCCCGAAGAUUUUUGGAGGUGAAAUCAAGACUCACAUCCUGCUGUUCUUGCCCAAGAGUGUGUCUGACUAUGAUGGCAAACUGAGCAACUUCAAAACAGCAGCCGAGAGCUUCAAGGGCAAGAUCUUGUUCAUCUUCAUCGACAGCGACCACACCGACAACCAGCGCAUCCUCGAGUUCUUUGGCCUAAAGAAGGAAGAGUGCCCGGCUGUGCGCCUCAUCACCCUGGAGGAGGAGAUGACCAAGUACAAGCCCGAAUCGGAGGAGCUGACGGCAGAGAGGAUCACAGAGUUCUGCCACCGCUUCCUGGAGGGCAAAAUCAAGCCCCACCUGAUGAGCCAGGAGCUGCCAGACGACUGGGACAAGCAGCCCGUCAAGGUGCUUGUUGGGAAGAACUUUGAAGACGUGGCUUUUGAUGAGAAAAAGAACGUCUUUGUGGAGUUCUAUGCCCCAUGGUGUGGUCACUGCAAACAGUUGGCUCCCAUUUGGGAUAAACUAGGAGAGACGUACAAGGACCACGAGAACAUUGUCAUCGCCAAGAUGGACUCGACUGCCAAUGAGGUGGAGGCCGUCAAAGUGCACAGCUUCCCCACACUCAAGUUCUUUCCAGCCAGUGCUGACAGGACGGUGCGCCUUCCCUCCAGGCGGGGCUGGGGCGGGCUCUGGGAAGAGCAGCGGUCCCCAUGCCAGCCUGGGUGCCUCUCUGUCUGGAAGGAGCCUGGGGCUAGUGGGGUGGGAGAAGAGCUGUGGGAGCUCCUUCAGAAGCACCCACCUUUUUUUGUUUUCCGAGAGAGAUGGGAUCUCACUAUAUUGCCUAGGCUGUUAUUGAACUCCCAAAGUGCUGGAUUCCGGGUGUGAGCCACCGGACCGGGCCUGCUCUGCCUUUCUCUAGGGAGGAGGAGCCAAUGCCGGGAGAUUGGCUCUGGGCCGGGACCAGCCCGUGCACUCAUCCCUGUCUUCCAUAGGUCAUCGAUUACAACGGGGAACGCACGCUGGAUGGUUUUAAGAAGUUCCUGGAGAGCGGUGGCCAGGAUGGGGCAGGGGAUGAUGACGUGAGUGGGGUCACAGCCCUGGGCUAGUCUCUGGGAUUCAGCCCCUUGGCCCCAUGGGACAUGUCCACUUGGGCUUGGCUUGUGAUGGGAAUGGUGCUGUUGGAGGCACAUCUGUGCGUCCAGGCCUCUGGGGCCCCACACCUUUGCCCAGCAGGGCAAGGGAUGUGCUCCCAGUGCUCUGCUGAAACAGCUCUCCCUGGCCAGCACUUCUUUAGGGGACGAGGUUGAAGGCAUCUUUAAAAACCAGAUUUUGCUUAGAAAACCUUUUCAGACACAUGGCACCGGAUCCUCACAUGCUGAUAACUUGGGCUCAAAUGUCCAUCCCCAGCCCCCUGGCGGGGACCGGGCACAAGGGAGCAGACAUGGGUCUGCCCUCGGGAGCUUAGUCCUGCCCGUCAGCACGUGGCCAGCAGCAGUGGUGACUCUGCCGGGGAAGCAGGAAGGCUGGUGUUGGGAGGAUGCGGCAGGGACGGGGUGCUUGACCAUGGUGAGGGAGAUGAGGGCAUGGUCAGCCCAGGCUGGCAGGGCCUGCUGGCAGUGCUGGUGCACAGUGGGAGGUGGAAACACUCUGUCCAGGCUGGGGAUGGAGGGCCAGCCCCUGGUGCUGCCUGUGGCCUGUCACUGGCCACAGCCCGAGGGUUGGAAGUAGAAUGGUCACACCCCAGUGGUGACUGUGCCUGGACUUCAUGCUGGGGCUGUUGUCCCCGCCGAGAUGUGGGCCCUCUGUAGACUCCAUGGUGCCAAGCUGGGAGGCACACAUACGCCUGCCGUGCCCAGUGGAAGGGUCCAAGGCUGAGCUGGGAUUCCCAGGGUUCCUGACACAGUGGGGGCUCUGAUUCAUCCUGCUAUAGGCAGAAAUCCCCCAAGUGUCACUCUUACUGGGAAGACCCCUGUGUAGCACGUAAAGACCAGGGUUGGCUGCUCCAGUGGCCGGUGGCCAUGUCCACCGUGGCCGGCUAGUCCCCGGUGUGAGCAGCAUGGGGUGCUGGGGGCUGGCAGCCUCAGCUGUUGCAGCCAACCUGCCCCCCCCCCACCCCGCCCCUUUUCCUGUAUCCCAGGAUCUCGAGGACCUGGAAGAAGCAGAGGAGCCAGACAUGGAGGAAGAUGAUGAUCAGAAAGCUGUGAAAGAUGAACUGUAAUACGGAAAGCCAGACCCGGGCGCUGCCGAGACCCCUCGGGGGCUGCACACCCAGCAGCAGCGCACACCUCCGAAGCCCGCGGCCCUCGCUUGAAGGAGGGCGUCGCUGGAAACCCAGGGAACCUCUCUGAAGUGACACCUCACCCCCACACACCGUCCGUUCACCCCCGUCUCUUCCUUCUGCUUUUCGGUUUUUGGAAAGGGAUCCAUCUCCAGGCAGCCCACCCUGGUGGGGCUUGUUUCUUGAAACCAUGAUGUACUUUUUCAUACGUGGGUCUGUCCAGAGUACUUGCUAGAGUGUUCGGAGUCUCGCUGCCUCCCUCCUGUGGGAGGUUUCUGCUCUCUUUGAAAAUUCCAUUUGUGGGAUUUUUAGACAUUUUUCGACAUCAGGGUAUUUGUUCCACCUUGGCCAGGCCUCCUUGGAGAAGCUUGUCCCCCGUGUGGGAGGGACUGAGCCAGACUGGACACGGUCACUCAGCACCACCUGCAGUGUUGCCAUGACUGAUCAUGGCUCUUGCAUUUUUUGGGUAAAUGGAGACUUCCAGAUCCUGUCAGGGUGUCCCCCAUGCCUGGAAGAGGGGCUGGUGGCUGCCAGCCCUGGGGCCCAGCACAGGCCUGGGCCUUCCCCUUCCCUCAAGCCAGGGCUCCUCAUCCUGUCGUGGGCUCAUUUUGACCACUGGCCUCUCUACAGCACGGCCCGUGGCCUGUUCGAGGCAGAACCAGGACCCUUGACUCCCGGGUGGGGAGGUGGCCAGGGAUGCUGGAGCUGAAUCAGACGUUGACAGUUCUUCAGGCAUUUCUAUUUCACAAUAAAAUUGAACACAUUGGCUAAAUAAAGUUUAAAUUUUACCACC